AUGUUACGUCAUGUAAUCUGGUGUAGAAUCACCGUUUCCAUUCAAGCAAAAUUGCGAAUUUUUCGCGCUUGCGUUCUUCCGGUUCUCCUUUAUGGCAGUGAGAUAUGGUCAACAGCAGCAUCACAAGAACAACGUCUCAAUACCUUCUAUCUCAAAUGCCUGAGUACUAUAAUUGGAAUCAAUUUGGAUGACCGUAUGCCAAACGAACAACUUCUACAACUCACUGGACAACCACAUCUAAGCAAUAUCCUCAGUAGAAAUUGGCUUCGUUGGUUGGCACACGCAAACAGGAUGCAAACAGAAAACAACGUACCAUCAAUGGUCAAAAAAGCCAUGUUUGCAUACUUUCCUCAAACAGUCAAACCACGAAAUUUCGGUAACCGAAAAAAAUGGCAAGAUAAAAACAGAGAAGAUGUAGAGCGUUAUAAGGAAUUCAAGCGAAAGACAACAUAUCUCUCUUUUAAUAUU